GCCCCCGCCCCCUGCCGCGCCCGGCAACAUGUCCGAUGCCCUGGCCAAUGCUGAGUGCCAGCGCUGCCAGGCCCGCUUCGCCCCCACCGAGCGCAUCGUCAACAGUGGCGGGGAGCUCUACCAUGAGCACUGCUUCGUGUGUGCCCAGUGCUUCCGGCCAUUCCCCGAGGGGCUCUUCUAUGAGUUCGAAGGCCGGAAGUACUGCGAACACGACUUCCAAAUGCUGUUUGCUCCGUGCUGCGGCUCCUGUGGUGAGUUCAUCGUUGGCCGAGUCAUCAAGGCCAUGAACAACAACUGGCACCCAGCGUGCUUCCGCUGCGAGCUGUGUGAGGUGGAGCUGGCUGACCUGGGCUUCGUGAAGAACGCGGGCAGGCACCUCUGCAGGCCUUGCCACAACCGCGAGAAGGCCAAGGGCCUGGGCAAGUACAUCUGUCAGCGGUGCCACCUGGUCAUCGAUGAGCAGCCCCUCAUGUUCAGGAGUGACGCCUACCACCCCGACCACUUCAGCUGCACUCACUGUGGGAAGGAGCUGACCGCCGAGGCCCGAGAGCUGAAGGGCGAGCUCUACUGCCUGCCCUGCCGCCCCCUCUGCGGGGCCUGCCGCCGGCCCAUCGAGGGCCGUGUGGUCAACGCACUGGGCAAGCAAUGGCACGUGGAGCACUUUGUUUGCGCCAAGUGUGAGAAGCCAUUCCUGGGGCACCGGCACUACGAGAAGAAGGGCCUGGCCUACUGUGAGACCCACUACAACCAGCUCUUUGGAGAUGUCUGCUACAACUGCAGCCACGUGAUCGAGGGUGAUGUGGUGUCGGCGCUCAACAAGGCCUGGUGUGUGAGCUGCUUCUCCUGCUCCACCUGCAACAGCAAGCUUACCCUGAAGAACAAGUUUGUGGAGUUUGACAUGAAGCCCGUGUGUAAGAGGUGCUACGAGAAGUUUCCACUCGAGCUGAAGAAGCGGCUGAAGAAGCUGUCCGAGCUGACCUCCCGCAAGGCCCAACCCAAGAGGCCCGGGACCACGACUGACAACCAUAUCUACCUGUGACCACCAGCUACAGCUCAUGAACCUCCAGGGUCAGGAGCAGGUGGGACCCUGCUCUCACCUGCCUGGCUUGGACCACAGCUCCCAGCCCCACCUGUCCUGGCCUGCCCCUUCCCACAGGGCCUUGGUCACAGUCUCCCGGGUGAGCCUCUGCUCAGCCUGGGCUCACUGUGUCUGUGUACUGAGGUGUCCAUACCAGGGCAGCCCAUCUGGACCCAGGGACAGAGCCACACAGAGGGGUCCCUGGGAGCUGUCCCCGACUGUGGAGCUGCUCACCCAGCCCUGUGGGACCCCUGUGCCCACACUGGGCCAGCAAAUCCUGCACCACCCCCCAGGAGCCAGCUGGAGGGGCAGGAGCCCCACUCCUUCCAUCAACACUCGGGCGGCCUUCCUGAUAUCCUGGCUUGGCCACCCACCCUCCUCACCCAGGGCCUACGAGGAGCCUUUGGGUGCAGCUGGGGUGAGGCCGGGGUGAGGAGGAGUGGUUUGUGCCCACCACCAGCAAGGACACUUCCCCCCUGGUCAGCACAGACCUGGCAUCAGGCUCACGCUUAUGCAAUGAAGGCUAUUCACAUGAGCA